GACCACCAUCCAUAAGCGUAUUUCAUGCCUAAAAGGAGGAAUGCUCACACAAUGAGAGUCUGUAGUUCCUUCGCAAUUCCUGCGCCUCGGUGGAGGCUCGAGCCCGGAUGGACAAAUGAUUGUCAAUGGAAUACUUGAGACAGCUCAACCAGCUCAGCUAGAUUAUGACUGUCGGUCGGUGCGUCCGCGCCUCGGUCUGCGUUUCCCGUGUCUUUACCGUUUCGUUGUUUUCAGAAUUGACCGAGAUGUAAACAGAUGUUUUUUUGAUCGGACGAGGAAACGGGGGGAAAAUGGCAAAUUCUAAAAAAUAGAUGUCGUGAUAGUCGCCGGAAGUUUUUUAGAUUUUUCCGCAAGAAUGUCCUAUUUUGUUGAUGAUUUGUCUACUUUAUAGUACAAUUGAUACUCCUCGCUAAGUGUGAAAGGCAAUUUUUUACUCAGAUCUACUAAUUACAGCGCGUUGGGCAUAAUAUACUAUACAAUUUGGCCUACUAAAAUGCUAGUCAUCGAUUUUUAAGUUUUUGUAAUUUGUCGAAUUCAUGGAGACAGGGGAGUAGACUUAUUCGCUUUUCACGUAGCCUACUAUAUCUGUAAUAACCUAAUAUUUAGGAACCAAACCAGUAUGUAACAAGCUUGACGGAGUUUAUCAUCACAGUGAGUCCAUAAGAUUAAUAGUUAUUACCGGGACGCUGAAAACUGGCUAAGACCUCGUGGACGUAAUCUUAUCCAAUCCAUGUAAACUGUCAAAUCUGAAAUAUAAGUAUUUUUGAAAAUGUUUUGAGUUAUUACUAUACCUAAAACAUUCCGGAGGUAUUUUGAUAUCCCAUGUUCUCAGUGUGGUCCCUAAAAAGCUUGGGGAACCAUUUUGAUUGAACAUUUUUCGGGGGGGGAGAGGGCAUGGGAGAAGCAACUCCCGCACAGCCCGCAGCAGGGGGUUUCGUACCAAUGUUAGGUGUGGGCAUGGUGGGCUCUAUGCCAGGCGGGGGGGUCACGGGGCCGCUCUCGUCCUCGCGGGGCUCUGCCGUUCCGCAGCUUCACUGCGCCAUAGUUGAACGGUUGCGCGCUCGGAUAGAACUGUGUCGAAGGCAUCACUCCACUUGUGAGAACAGGUACCAGAGAGGCCAGGCAGAGAACUCCGACCGGGAGCACGAAAGUACCCUUCACCUGCUCAACAUUGUGCAUCAGGGACCCGGGAAUAGAAAAACCAAGGGGACCAGGGCUUCAAAUCAACAGCCUCCAGACUACAGCAGAGUUAAUGGGGAACAGAAAGGCCAAAGCUCCUCAGAGGGAGACCAGAAGAUCUCUACAAGAAUAGCACUCCAUGGCUCUUUAAGGAGGAAGAUAGAGGGUCACAUUCCUGGGUACUCCAAACAAAAUGGCCUCUCCUGUGGACCACCCGGGCCGGACUAUAAACGUGUCCGUCUGGAAGGGGGUGUUGGCGGUUUGGGGGGGCACGGACCUUGUUCAUUCACCUCUGGCCAAUCACAGUCCCUGGGAGGUGGGGCUUUGUCCAUGAGCCACGCCCUAAACCGUAAGGGCAACAGCAGCUACAUGUUGCCUCAAGGUGUCGUGAACUCUGACCUCUUCAACAUGACCCUGAAGGAGAUGAAGAAGGAACCAAUUGAACAUGUCACUUCCUGUGGCCAGACGUCAACGGAGAUGAUGGUGUUCGACUUUAAGGAUGAGGUUGGCGGCGGUCAGAUUGACCCGGAGCUUCAGGACCUCUUCGAUGAGCUGACCAAAAGCGUGCCAUCUCUGAACGACCUUGAGUUUGAGAAGAUGAUGAAACAAGAUGAUACGUUUGGCCUGACGGACCUGGAGCGCAGCGCAGCGACCCUCUGUUCCCACCUGGAGAAGCCCAUCAAGACGGAAUUCUCCUCUCCAGAUUUUGGCCAGUCCCUUGGUGGACCCCCACAGCUCCGCCCGGCGUCUGCCGGCCCAUCCUUCUCCACCUCCAGCUCUUCUCCCAUCAACAUCCAGAAAGGCCUCAGCCAGGGACCCUCAGGUCCGGCGGGACCCCCCAGCCGAGGCCUCCCUGGCUGGCCAGAGAUGUCCCAUGCAGAACAGCUGAAGCAGAUGGCAGCCAAUCAGAACCAGAACCCCCAGACCCCACUGCACCACCACCAACACCCACACCAACAGUCUGGAGGCGGAGGAGGACCAGGGGCCAGCUGGAAUCCCCACCCCUCCUCACGCUCUUACCCGCAGGACAAGCUCUCCAACUCAGGAUCGCAGGGCCAGAGGAUGGCCAACCCCCAGACCUCCAUUGGAAGUCAGAGUAAAGGCAUCAACAACUGUCUUUUCAAGCCCAAUGGACAGAACGGCUCCAACCAGCUGGACAUGAAAGUGGUCAGCAACAAGCCCAUGCUCCACUUCAGCCCCAAGACACCCCAGCCACACCCCAACGUGGCCUCAGCUCAACAACAACCACCGUCCACCCCAACCCAGAACAUGGCCCAGAGCCACCCAGUCCAUCAUUACCAGAACCAGCAGCAGCAGCUCCCAAUAUCUGGUUCUCCCCACAUGCAGCCCAAGACCCUGGCCCAGAGAACACCCCCUCUCAGCCAGCCUGGAGCAAACCACGGACCUGGGCCCGGGCUCCACUUUAAACUGGCUCAGCAACGACAGAUGCCUCCUGGGCCAAGCAUGGCAACCAACAGCAGCCUGGUAGGGUUGUCAUCCCUGCCCCAGCAACGCCCCUCCGUUCCAGGCACCUCCACGCAGCAGAAAGCCCCAGGCCAGGGGAAGGCCCAGGCUAUGCUAACCCAGCAGAAAGCUGCAGGGCAAGGGAAGGCCCAGGCCAUGCAAACCCACCAGCAGCACAUCAUCAAAGACUCAGACAAAGGUAAUAGCCAAGAUCAGUUUAACCGUCACCUUACCAGACCGCCACCAGACUACCAGCAGCCAUGUGGAUUGGCCCAACAGACAAGCCUGUUCACGGGAAUGAGUUCCUCCCUGGACCAGAACGACCUUCCGCCCAUGUCCUGUCACAUACCCAGUGGCCCAGGAGCCAAGAUGACUCCGCAGAACGGAGAUCGGCGGUUUGGGAGCAGCCCUGAAACCCACCAGCUCCAACAGCAAAACAACCAGAGGAUUGGAGCAGGAGGUGGACUGAACCAAAACAAGUCUAGAUUCCCUGGUCCUCAUAACGGUCAGGGGAAUGUGUUUGGUCUGGGCACUCACCCCACAAGGACAUCAUUAGGCCAGCAGGGUGGUGGGAGGCCCAGCCAGGGUCCAGGGCAGAGCCUGGGGGACAUCAUGGGCUGGCCUCCUGGAGCAAAACCUUCCACCAUGGGCCCUGGGCCCGGGCCUCUUGGGGUGCGGCGGCUGUCCAGCUCUCUCCAAACCCAGGGGGGGCAGUCCCAGUCCCCGCUCCAUAUGGCCAACCACCAGUACCCACUCGGCCCCCGGCAGAUGGGCCCCGGCCCGCCCAACCAGGUUGCACCAGACGUUGGCAUGCUCCCUCUGAAUCCAGCCCUGCGUGGCUCGACCAGCACCACCAGAUCCAGCCAAACCAUGAUGCCUCAACUGCCGGGCCUGACUGGCCACAGCCAGGCUUCUCAGGAUCAGAUGCUCCCGGCAGGGGGCAGCGGCGCCGGGGUCUUCCCACCACACAACCCCGGGGGCAGCUACCAGAACCAGAAUAGCCGGGCUGUUAACCGCCUGACCUUUGACUUCCUCCAGGAAGGCGACAACACCGUCCCUGGGAUCAACACUGACUCCGACUUCAUCGACUCGCUGCUGAAGUCAGGAUCCGGGAAUGAUGACUGGAUGAAAGACAUCAACCUCGAUGAAAUCCUGGGAGGCCACUCAUGAAGUUGGGCACAUUCCAUGAACGCUGCCCAGAGUUUUACCCAAAAGAUCUCAUGAAUUGGGAUUCACUCCAGAGAGUUUUUCCAUAGAACCAUUGCAGAGAAAUUGGGGCCGAGGGUUUUUUAUGGACAAAAGCUGACGUUCUACUGUUUCAGGUUAGGUCACAGGGUGUGCCAGGAGCUCCUCUUGCCUGAUCAGAACAAACUCCUGUCCUCAUCCAUGAAACCUAAUAACUGCACACUAUACCCAUAGAGAGAACAUGGAUGGAGGGCCUGGUACAGUCCCAAAUGGACCCAUGUUCCCUUUAAAAGGCACUACAUAUUGCAAGGGCUCACAGGCUCAUAGGUGAUGCAGUAGGAAAAUGGAGUACCAUUUGGGAUGCACUUAAUGUGCCGAACUCCACCCAAAGGAUUACCUUUGCAAUGCUAUGUUACUUUGUAAACCCAAUAUAUUAUUUGGUAUCCAAUUAUACUGUGCUUUUUAUUUUGUGUAUUCCUGUGAAAAAAAUAUUCUGUAUAAAAAUGUUUAGUACUUUCCAAGGUUCAUUUUUUUCAAAAGGUCCAUUUAAUAAGAACCUGAGUUUGUCUGACUAUCUAUCGUCAACUGCUUUUGAAUAUAUUCUAUCAGACUUUUCUCUUGUAAUUACAUGGGCUUAAAUAACAGCCUAUUCCCUGCAUAGUGCACUGUUCUUACCUAUAUAGGGUGUAAUCUCCUAUGAGAUGUGACCCAAAAAGCACACUGUGAACAGGAAGUAGUCAUACUACCAGCAUGCGUCCCAAAAGGCAUCCUAUUCCCUAUGUAGUGUACUACUUAGAACCAGGGCCCAUGUGAAUCUUAAGAGGCCUAUUGUCAGUUUGAACACAAUUGGAGAAGUCCAGGGAACAGCCCCGAUGAGCAGUUAGGGUUUACUGCCUUGUUCAGGGACAGAAUGAAGAAUUUCUCACCCACAUUUCGGUUACGGUUCAGACCGUCUGACCGCGAUGCCUCCUGCUCCCAUGGGGCUGUGGUAACACGUAGUGCACAAAGAGGGUCACAUUUAUGCUAGAUGGUCAGCCUCUCUGUGGUGUUCGAUGUACUCAAUGUACACAGCUCGUUGGUGAGCAUGGUGCUGCUCUACAGAGAGGCCAGACAGUAUCUACCCCCUGGUCACAUAUCCCCCACCCAGACAGUAUCCACCCCCUGGUCACAUAUCCCCCACCCAGACAGUAUCUACCCCCUGGUCACAUAUCCCCCACCCAGACAGUAUCUACCCCCUGGUCACAUCGCCCCCACCCAGACAGUAUCUACCCCCUGGUCACAUCGCCCCCACCCAGACAGUAUCUACCCCUGGUCACAUCACCCCCACCCAGACAGUAUCUACCCCCUGGUCACAUAUCCCCCACCCAGACAGUAUCUACCCCCUGGUCACAUCACCCCCAACCAUAUCAUUAUCCAAGCAUAUAUUUUGCGUCUGGGACUGUAUUGGAUCAAUGGUGAGCCAAAAGAUUUUACCCAUGUAUUUUCUUUAUUUUUCAUCUAAUAUUUAAUAAUCUAUUGGAGAAAAAAAAGAAUAAGACAUUAUAAACAA